AUGUACGAGCGCCAGCAGCCCAUAUGGCAGACCAUCCUCUCCUUCCUGCUCGUCUUUCCCCAGCUCAUUCUUCCUCUCUGCCUCUCUCCGUCCUCGUCUUGCCAGGACCAAGCGUUCACAGUGGACGAUGGCUUCUAUGCCUGGAUGUACGAGCGCCAGCAGCCCAUAUGGCAGACCAUCCUCUCCUUCCUGCUCCCGGUCUUCACCGUUGCCUGCUGCCUCUUCCCCGUCUUCCCCCACUGGUGCAAGCUCGCUGUACUCUACUUCCUCCUGGGGCUAAUCGCCCUCAUCUUCCUGCUGCUAUUUGUCCGGGUGGCGGUGUUCGGAGUCAUCUGGCUGGCGGUGGGCAAGCGCGUCUGGUUCUUCCCCAGCAUCCUAGCAGAGGAGGGCUCGCUGGCAGAGCUUUUCCGCUUCUGGCCGGAUAAGGACGACCAGCCGCCCGCAAAGAUCACCACGCGGCUGGCGGUGGCUGUGAUGGUGGGGUUCACCUUCUGGCUCAUGGUCACCUAUGCUCCCGAUCAAGAGCAACGAGCCAAGUACCAGAAGAAGGUGUCCAACAUCAUUGACGAUGUCUUACAAUGGAAACCGCAGAUGCUUGCAGGGAAGACAACGCCAGCCGCCCCUGUCAAUGCCACAUCAGCAAAUCAGACCUCUGCUAACGCCACUGCUGACAAUUCAACAUCUCCCAACGCAAGCGCAGAAGCAGCUGAUGCCAAGACAGGUGCCACCAGUGGUGCCAGUACUGAAAACAGUGGCAGCUUCGAUGCCAGUGCUGGCAAGGAGGAUGUGUCUGAACAGGCUGACGACGAGCCUGUGGAUCCGAAGCCCGAGAUUGAGGAGGGGUGCCGGCCGAAGUGUGUGAAGCAGCUACUCGCGUACGAGGCUUGUGUGAAGAGGAUCGAAGGCGACGAGACUGGGGAGAAGCAUUGCACUGGCCAGUACUUCGACUACUGGGCGUGCAUUGAUAAAUGCGCACAGGCGAUGCAUUCCGUGUCGUUCCUCUACUUGAAGGCUCUUGGGUUUGCCUCAUCCACUCUUGCUCCCUUUCCCUUGCCUCCCUGUUUCCCUUCACUUCCGGUUUUCCGUGCCUCCCAUUCCCUUCCCUUUCUCUCCCUGUUCCUUGACUCCCGAUUGCAGUUCCAGAAGGAGCAGGAGUAUUUCAAACAAACGGCGCUGCUCUCAAAGCAACAAAAGGCCAAAGCAGAGGCGAUGCAGUCUGUGUCGUUCCUCUACAUGAAGCCUCCCGGGUACAACGCUGAGAGCGCGCGGGCGGCAGAGCUUGCAGAGGAGGAGAGGGCGAAGCAGGAGAGGGAGGGGAAGAUGCAGCUGGAAGGGGGAGGAGGAGGGGAAGGAGGCGGAGGGGAAGGUGGGGAAGGAGAGGGGGGAGGAGGGGAGAUUGCGGGUAUGGGUGCGGAUGGAGCGUUGGUGGUGGCAGAGGCAGGCACUGAGCCGCCUGAUACUGACGGGGCCAAGGAGCAGAAGAAGAAGAAGAAGCCCCGAGCCACGGACGUGUUUGGUCGAGCCGUGCCCACCGGAGACGACUUUGAAGUGCUCAAGAAUGCGCCCAGGUUGGACACAGGAAUCAUAGGCCGGCCGCGCCCCUUUGGGCUCGAGUUGAGGAAUGUCAAGUGCGGGCGGUGUGGGGGGAUAGGGCACAGCAGUGGCGAAAGGGAGUGCCCUCUGUUUGACUCCGUGACUGAAAACGACCUCAAGCGGCAGCAGCGGGAGGACCCGCUCUCUCACAUCCUCGCCCUCAACCGCCCCCAGCCGUUUGGAUGGCAGCUGAAGGAGCAAGGGGCCGGUGGCAUGAGCCCCGUCCGGGGCGGCUUCAAGCCAAACGAUGCCAACCAGCAGAUCCUGCCGCCCAGCGACGACGAGAACGAGGGCGUGUUCGACCAGUAUGGGGGGUUCCUCCUUGGAGGAGAGGCGGAUGUAGCAGCAUUGGCUGCAGGAGGGGUUGGAGGUAUUGGAGGGGGAGGGGUGCUUAUGCCUGGUCUUGGCUCUUCUGUGUUAGACUCGCUGACGAAGCAGCAGCGCAAGGAGUUGAGCAGGGCUUUAAGGAUGAAGGAAAAGGAGGAGCGGAGGAAACGGAGGAAGAAGAAGGAGAGGAGAGGUGGGGGGGAGGGUAAGAGUAAGAGCGGGCGGGAGAAGAGGAGGAAGAAGGAGAAGAAGAAGGGACGUGGGGGGCGGAGGAGCCGUCACCAUCGCAGAAAAUCAGAUUCUGAUUCAUCGUCUGAUACAGGAUCGGAUUCUUCAGAAUCGGAAUCAGAUUCUGAAUCGAGCUCAGGGGAUGAGCAGACUGCUAGCUCUAGUGACAGCAGUAGGAGUGAGAGCAGUGGGAGUGACAGCAGCUGCAGCGACAGGAGUAAGAGGAAGCGGAGACGAGGAUCGAAGAGAAAGAGGUCGCAUGAGAGGAAGGGGAGGGAGAAGGAGAAGCAGAGGAGACGUGAGGAGGGAGGUCCAGGGCCUAGGGAGGAGAAGAAGGAAGAAACAAGCAAGAGUAGGGUAGAGAGCAGGGUAGAGAUCAAGAUAGAGAGAAGGGAGAUCCAGACGGGUGCUACUGCUGAUGCUGGUGAACGUCAUAGUUCGAGGAUAGAGGACGAGGAUGGAGAGGAGAAGGGGGAACGAGGAAGCAGGCGCAGGUUAGAGGGGAAGGAGGUGAAGGGGCGUGCUGGUGGAAAUGGUGGUGAGAGUGGUGGAACGAGGUGGGAUGAUCAGGGUGGAGAGGGAAGAGGAGCAAGGAUGAGCAGGCGCGGGACAGAAGGGAAGGAGGUUAAGGGGCGUGCUGAUGGAAUUGCUGAGGGUGGUGGAACGAGGUGGGAAGAUGAGGUUGGGGAGGAGCGAGGAGGAAGAGAAGGGAUGGAUGGUUACAGGGAAAGGAUGUUGGAACGGAUGGGGAAGGAUGGGAAAGAGAGGAGCAGGAAAGAAGGGAGAGGGGAAAAGAAGAGAGAAGAGGGUUGGUCGAGAAAAGAGGAAAAGUGGGGAGUGGAAGGGAAGAGGGAGCAUCGUGGGGAAAGAAGAGAGGGGAGGGGCUGGAGAGUAGAGGAAGGAGAUAAAGGGCGAGAGGGUGACAGGGAUUCUGGUCGAGGGCGCAGGGGCAGGGAGGAGCAUGAACGGAGGAGAGAGCGAGUUGAUGUGAGGGAGGGGCGGGACAGAAGUUAA